AUUGCGUCACUGACAAUUUUCCCACAAUGGAAAAUAAAAUUAUUUCGUCACGGCAGCCGCGCCCUACGCCUACCGUCACUUCCGCUUACCCUCUUAAGCCCUAACUCCAGACAACGUUGCGAGAAUCCGAACCCGAAAACGAAACACAGAGAGAGAGAGAGAGAGAGAGAGAGAGAGAGAGAGAGUGUCCUGCGAGAGAGAGCGACAGACACCCGUACGACCUCACCGUCGCUGUCCCGGAGAGCGAGAGCUCGUUCAGGUACCGGCAAUGGAGGUGGAGUCGGGCGACAGCAUAGUACCGGAGAAUGUGAUGGACUCGGUGAACAGAACCUCGGCCGACUUGCAGCGCCUCAGCUCGAGCUUCCCCGAAUUCCUCUCCCUCACCGACCCCGACGUCCUCACCCAGGUGCACCCGCUCCAGCGCGCCCAGGCCAUGCUCGUGCUCGCCAAAUCCGCCACCACUCUCUUAGCUCUGAGGUUGAGGUGCACGGGGGUUAAUCCUGCUGACCAUCCUAUCAAGUCGGAGCUGGAGAGAAUAAGCUUAUAUGAAGCCAAGCUUGAGCGGUUAAUGGAUUUGGACAAAGCGCCCCUUCGACCUUCAACCACCUUAAAUUCUCAGGCAGCAAACCGCUUCAUUGAGCGCUCUUUGCCCCAUCUUACCCCAGAUCAGAGGCAGAGUAUGAGGGAUGUUAGUAGAAGAGAGAAAAUGAGGAACAUGCCUACACAGAGGAAGAGAAAGUAUCAGUCUCCUGAAAAGCCAUCUGUUCAGGCUGCUACCAAAGAAUUUCUCGAGAAAGCUGCCCGCGAGCUUCUAGGUGACAAUAAAGGCAGUCUGAAGGGCCCUCUUGUUGAAAUCUCAUCGGACGAUGAUUGAUCGAUCAAUGGUCCUUCAUCAAUUUGGUGACAAGCCCGUUUCAAAGCUUUUUGUUUGUUAAAUAGGCGGGUCCUUGUUUUAAAAGGUUAGAGGCUUUGCAAGCAAACUUUUGACAUUUGUAAAGUAAAUUCAUAAUUGCCUUUGGCAAUUAAGAUUUUCUUGCAGGGUCGAAUAGGGGCAAUGAUUUUAUUAAAGUUCUUUAUUCGAUUAUGGUUUUCUUGACUA